GCGCGUCCCUCCGCCCCGCCGCGCCUCAGCGGCACCGGAGGCGGCCGCUGGCUGAACCCGGGCCGAGGGGCUCGGAGGGGUCUUUCCGCCGCUCACCGACCCCUCGAGCGGACCGGCGGUGCCCCCUCCCCGGGCAGGGCCUGCGGGCCGCGCCCCGCAGCCGCCACCCCUCCCCCCGGCCGGCCGGCCUCCCGGGGCCGCGCCUGCCUCCACUCCCUGUGCAGCGUCGCCAGCCGAGCCGGGAGAGGGGGAAUGGGCGGUCCCGGCCCUUAGCCCCCGGCUGCGGCGGCUGCUCCGCCUCCAGGGUCCCAGCGUCUCGGUGGCCUCCGCCCGAUGCUGGCGGAGCUGGCUGGGGUCUCCGCGGCGUUGUGAGCGCUCCUGCCGUCCCGCAGCCGCCAUGUCCGGCGUGGUGCGCACCCUGAGCCGCUGCCUGCUGCCGGCCGAGGCCACGGGCCGAGCCGGGGAGCAGCCGCGGCGGGAGGGCAAGGAGCGUAGCCGCGAUGCAGAGCGGGAGGCGCGGCGGCGGAGCAGGGAGAUCGACGCGAUGCUGGCCCGGGAGAGGCGGGCCGUCCGCCGCCUCGUCAAGAUUCUGCUGCUGGGCGCCGGCGAGAGCGGCAAGUCCACCUUCCUCAAGCAGAUGCGGAUCAUCCACGGCCGCGAGUUCGACCAGAAGGCGCUGCUGGAGUUCCGGGCCACCAUCUACGAGAACAUCCUCAAGGGCUGCAGGGUUCUGGUUGAUGCACGGGACAAACUGGGGAUCCCUUGGCAGUACACGGAGAAUGAGAAGCACGGAAUGUUUUUGAUGGCUUUUGAAAACAAAGCUGGAAUGCCCAUAGAGCCUGCCACCUUCCAGCUGUAUGUACCUGCACUGGGAGCGCUGUGGAGGGAUUCGGGAAUCAAGGAAGCCUUCAGCCGUCGGAGCGAGUAUCAGCUGGGUGAAUCGGUGAAAUACUUCCUGGAUAACCUGGAUCGGAUCGGUCAGCUGAACUAUUUCCCCAGCAAACAAGAUAUUUUGCUGGCUAGAAAAGCCACCAAAGGGAUAGUAGAGCAUGACUUCAUCAUUAAAAAAAUACCUUUCAAGAUGGUGGACGUGGGUGGACAGAGAUCUCAGCGUCAGAAAUGGUUCCAGUGCUUUGAUGGAAUAACUUCAAUUUUGUUUAUGGUCUCCUCUAGUGAAUACGAUCAGGUUCUGAUGGAAGACAGGCGCACAAAUAGACUUGUGGAGUCCAUGAAUAUCUUUGAGACAAUAGUCAAUAACAAGCUUUUCUUUAAUGUUUCUAUUAUCCUAUUCCUCAACAAGAUGGAUCUUCUUGUAGAGAAGGUAAAGACUGUCAGCAUUAAGAAGUAUUUCUCGGACUUCAAAGGCGACCCUCACAGGCUAGAAGAUGUUCAACGUUAUCUGGUGCAGUGCUUUGACAGGAAGAGGAGAAAUCGUAGUAAGCCGCUCUUCCAUCACUUCACCACUGCCAUAGACACUGAAAACAUCCGCUUUGUGUUUCAUGCCGUGAAGGACACGAUCCUUCAAGAGAAUCUGAAGGAUAUUAUGUUGCAGUGAAGAAAAACAGGCAGUGUUCUGUUAAAGUUUGCCAGAGGGUUAAAUCAAAGUUUUUAUCCUUUCUUUAUGGCCCUUGCAUGUGGUGUAGGACCCAUGCUAAUUACUUGGCUCAGGAAUGCUGUAAACUAGCCAGUCCAAACAGAGGAGCUAUAGGCCGAAGGAGUCAAAUGUUGAUGUUAGCUACUGAAUCAUUUGGACUAGAAACACUACUGAAACAUGGCCGUUGUAGGUUCUGUACCUAGUUUGGAAUGCUGAAUAACACAACCACCUUCUGCCUUCUUAGAAAAAAGAAAUCUCUGACAAA